CGAUCAGAGAAACAUCGAGUAUAAAGGUGAGGCAACUCCGCGAAAUUUGCUGCAAUGCAUAGUGUCCUGUAGGUACUAUUUAGACUUGUUAGCUGCCUUUAUGUAAUUUUCGAGCCUCUGUGAAAUCCUUCAUCUGAACAAUGUUAAUCACAACCAUCUGCCGGGUGUCUGUGGCACCUUCUUUGCAACCUCUGCGUACAAGAUGCCUGUCGAUGAAACAGUGUUCCCCAAAGAUUCAAAUUGUACGCUGUUUUACAAAUGAGAGUCGAAAUACAUUUAGUGAACGCCUUGCAAGAAGGAGAUCGUUGAAAGAGAAAUUACUGGCGCCAGCUGGAGAAACUGCUUUCAAUAUUGGCAAAGGAGCUGUAGCAGGAGGAGCGGCACUGGGGUUAGGAGCACUCUGUUUCUAUGGCUUGGGACUAUCGAAACAAACUGGAGCUAUUGAUCAUGCUACAUUUUGGCCAGAAUAUGUGAAGCAGAGAAUUAGAGAUACAUACAUGUAUUUUGGUGGUUCUAUAGUGGUGACUGCUGCAAGUGCUGCUGCAGCUUUGCGGUCUCCCAGAGUCAUGAGUUUGGUCACAAAGAAUUCGUUUGGUGCAAUUGCUUUGUCAUUUGCAGCACUUAUUGGAACCAAUGUGAUUGUUCAAAGCAUCCCUUAUCAGAAAGGUUUUGGAGUGAAGCAGAUGGCUUGGCUUGCACAUUCUGCUGUGUUGGGUGCUUUCAUCGCUCCUAUUUGUUUUGUUGGUGGGCCAGUGCUCAUUAGGGCUGCUUGGUACACAGCAGGUGUGGUUGGCGGACUCUCUACCGUGGCGGUUUGUGCACCAAGUGAAAAGUUCUUGAUGAUGGGAGGUCCUUUGGCCAUUGGUCUUGGAGUAGUGUUUGCAUCAUCAUUAGGUACCAUGUUUCUACCACCAUCUACUGCACUGGGGGCAGGCUUGUAUGCCAUCAGCAUGUAUGGUGGCUUACUUCUCUUUUCUGGAUUUUUGCUGUAUGAUACUCAGCGAAUAAUAAAACUUGCUGAAGUUUACCCCAAAAAUGCAGCUCGUCCGUAUGACCCAGUAAAUGCCUCAAUCUCUAUUUAUCUAGAUACGGUGAACAUCUUCAUACGAAUUGCUAUGAUUCUAGCUGGUUCAGGAAGCAACAGAAGGAAAUAAUGAAGAUCAAACUAAAUUCUAUGUAAAAUAAUCUUUGUAAUUGAUUUAAAUUGGUACUUCAUUUCCUUAAGUUAUUGUGUAACUUUUUAUUACCUAAUAAAAACUUAAAAAUUGCAACAGGACAAUUCAAACUGUAAUAUUAUUUUGGUUGUUAGUAGAUUAGAAACCCUUUUAUUAUAUGCUUAAAAAAAGCUAAGAAUGACAAGAUAAGAAUUAUUUUGUGGUUAUUUAGGAUGAACUACAGAAAUACUUUAUUACUGAUUUUUUUCCCUAUAACCUUUUCCCAUUUGUUAAAAGUAUUAUAAAAUUUGAUUUAUAGAUUUAUCUAGUCUGCACUUGAAGUGUUGGCUACUGCUACAGUAUUUAGUGAAUUAAGUCAACAAUAUCAUGUUUUAACAGUUGUUAUAAUGUCAAUAAUGAAUGUGUGUCAAUAAAUGUUUUGUCACUCUUUCGACACUUUGCUGCCCA